CUCAUUUAGUUUAAAGUGCAAAUCAUCUGUAUCAAGGCCACUUGUAAAUAGACCUAUAUGACUCUUCAUCUUAUUAAGAUUUUGCCUAAAAUAUGCCAAUUAAACACUAAUCAAAUAAACAAAAUCUACUUUGAGACAUCAAAACAAUUUAUUAAACACAAUAAUUAUAAUUUAAAGUUAUUUUCAUCUGCUUUAUUUUAUAAAAUGCCAUUUGGAGGUUCAAAUGUGAAAUCGCCUUUAGAUACCAGCUUAGAAAAAUUAUAUGAAAUGCGUAUGUAUAAAGUAGAGCCUCAACAUAUGAAAAAGUUUAUUCAAAUAACAACUGAUAAUAUGCCUAUCAGAGUUAAAUACUCAAAACUCCUUGGCUAUUGGUUUACUGAAUUUGGAACAUUAAAUAGAGUUAUUCACCUUUGGGAAUAUGAUUCUUACCAACAAAGGAGUCAGGUGAGGGAUUCUUUAUCCAAGGAUGAACAAUGGCUCAAGUUUUUAAAUGUCAUGAAACCUUUAUUGAAAAAGGAAAAGAACAUUUCUCUCAGAAAAUUAAGUGAUCUAAUAUGCUAUGAUACACCUCCAAAUCAGCCUGGAAACGUCCAUUAUAGGUUAAAUGUCUUUGUAUUGAAAGAACCUCACGAAGCUAAUGCCUGUAAAUUCAAAGAGUUGGCAGAUAGAAUUUUCAAGGAAUUAGCCGAUGACAAGAUAGAUAGUUUUCAACACAUAGGGACCUUUAUCGCCGACAGCGGAAAAAUGAACCAAAUUAUACAAUACGUGAGAUGCUCAAAUCUGGAUGAUGCAGCCUUGCAUAAGAAAUUUUGCGAGAAUAAAGAAUUGCAAAAUUUAAGAAGCGAAAUAGAGAAAAUAGCGGUGUUGGGAAACAGCCAAAUAUUGAAGCCUGCUCCAUUUUCUCCCUUGAAAUAGUGGCAAAAUCUUUCGUCUCCUCUUUACUAGAAAUUAUAUAUCGGACAGCAAAUAUUUUCUCAUUAAUUACUAUGACCCUUUUUUGGGACUCAAAAAAUAAAAAAUUAUAUUACUUUAUUUAAAUUUAGACAAAAUUAUAUUUUAUUAUUUUUUUUAGGGAAUUUAGGAAAAGAAUUUAGGCAAAAUUAUAUUAAUACAUAUUUCCAUUAAUCUAGGCAAAAAAAUAUUUUUUUGCUGCCCAAAUAAAUAUAGCAAAAAUUUAUACUUUUAUUUAGAAAAAUUUUCGGAAA